AUGUUCCUUUGAGGUUAGGUUAAGUGGACGCCACGCAUUGGAACUUGCGAGGAUUUCUCAACAUUUCUGUGUAAAUAGCUGGCUAAAUUACCUGAAUAGUCACGAAAAUGGUGGAUAAAGAUCAACUGAACACCUGUAUAAUCAACUUGCGCGGAAAUGUGGGCAAGGCGAAGACCAGGACGAUUCACAAGCUCACGAGGAAGAUCAAGAGUUUCGAGGUGGGAAAGAAAAAGAACCCGGAAAACAAGAAAUUGACUACGAAAAUCCAGAAAUUCGUCGAGGAAAUUGCAGUUCUGAAGAAAAUCGAUCAAGUUGACAAUGUGAAGAAGAUCUUCAGCUACUCAGGCAAGCCGGAGAGCACAAUGGCUAAUGUGAAUGCUACUCCGCUGGACAGGGCGAUUGCCAAGCUGAUCUACAACAAUGAAUUCCUGCGGAAUAUCAUCAAGAAGAACAAGGAAGCGCUGAACCUGAAGGACGACGACGCGGAGUGGAAGGAAAAGCUUCUGACGAUGGGCAAGAAAAAGCAGGCACAGCAGAAGAAAAUCAGCAAAAUGAAUGAACAAAGCCUGCGUAGCGCCAAGAAGAAGGGAAAAAAGGACUUGGAAGACACUCCAGUCAAACAGAAUGAUGAGGAUGCAAAGACUGCUUCUCCCAAGCAGCCUAAGAAACCGAAAAAACAGCUCAAAAAGGAGCGAAAAGAUUCUGGCGGCGACGAUGAAGGCGAAUCGCCAAAAUUCACGAUAAAGCAGAAGAAGCAGGACAAGAGUGACAAGGUUCUGCACAUGAAUGCCAAGUCUAAGAAGAUCCAAAAGGCGAAGGCAGGUCCCAAGAAGGCAUGGAAUGGAAAUGCAAAGCCACCAAAGCCACAGUUUUCCGGAAAAGCCCCUGGGAAGCCUGACAAGCCCUUUAAGAAGGGAGUUGACAAGGAGAAGAAGACGAAUGGAGCAGUUCAUCCCUCGUGGGAGGCGAAGAAGAAGCAGAAGGCCACCAUAGGAAAGUUUGAGGGGAAGAAGAAGAAGUUCCAGGAUUGA